GUGAGGCAGGAAAAGCUCAUCUAUGACUCACUCAACAAACACUCCGCAGGCCCGCUCACCCAGAGACCCCGCUCGCCCAGGGAGGGGAGGGCCUCCCUGACUCAGCGGUGACCCCCACCCGGGCAGGCCCUGCAGAGUGAGGCGGUUCUGAGGCGGCCGGGGGAGGGCAAGCUGCAGACAGGGCCCACACGGUGCCUGGCCCGUCCCACGCCCUGUGUCAACAAGGCUGGCCUCAUAAAGCCGCGGCCGAGCCCAGCCAGACGGCAUUUCCUCCCGAGCACCGCCAGCGCCCGCGCCAGGCAGCAGAGCGCGCACCAUGACGGAGCUGGAGACGGCCAUAGGCCUGAUCAUCGACGUGUUCGCCCGCUACGCGGCCGGCGAGGGCAGCAAGCAGAGCCUGAGCAAGAGCGAGCUGAAGGCGCUGAUGGAGAAGGAGCUCCCGGGCUUCCUGCAGAGCGGAAAGGACAAGGACACCGUGGACAAACUGCUCAAGGACCUGGACGCGAACGGGGACGCCACCGUGGACUUCAACGAGUUCAUGGUGUUCGUGGCUGCGCUCACAUCUGCCUGUCAUAGCUACUUUGUGCAGGCAGGACCCGUGUGAAGCCCUGCACUCCAGAUUCCCGACCGAGGCGGGUGCAGGGGCUGGGAGCCGGUCCCUGGGCUCCCGGAAGCCUUGCGGGCGAUUCCCGUCCUGGGCGGAGCUGCUGCUGGUGUCUGUCUGAUGGAUAAACGCCUGUGAAAUGAUACCGA